AUGGCGCUAACAAAUGCUGGUUUAACUGAUGAUCUUCCAUCUGAUUUGUGUCGUCGCCUUCCAAGAUUGCAAAGGCUUGGACUUAACUUCAACAUGUUAAGUGGAGAGAUACCAAGAAGUAUAUCAGAAUGCUCGAAACUUCAAGUCCUAUUGUUGUUGCAAAAUAACUUUAUUGGAGCAAUUCCAAGACAACUUGGGAAAUUACAUCUGCUGCAAAUCUUAGCUCUUGGGUUUAACAAGUUACAAGGCACAAUUCCUGAUGAGAUUGGCCAUCUUUAUAACUUGAAGCAAUUGGGCAUGGAAAGAAAUAAAUUAACGGGCUCAAUUCCUUUAACCAUAUUUAACAUUUCAUCACUUCAAAUUUUAUCAAUGUGGGACAACAAGCUUGAAGGACCUCUACCAAGAGAGGUCGGAAAUUUGACUAUGCUUAACGUACUUGAUUUGGGAGUCAAUAACCUAACAGGUGUACUUCCAGAUGAGAUUGGUAACCUUCAACAGUUGUUGCAGCUUAAGUUGGAUUUCAAUACCUUUAGUGGGUCGAUCCAUGUUAGUAUCUUCAAUAUGUCAAGUCUUGUAUCUAUUUCACUCAUACAAAACCACAUUUCAGGUAAUCUUCCUUCCGCUAUAGGCCAUAGAUUAUCCAAUCUUGAACGAAUUUUUCUAGGUGCAAACAACAUUAAUGGAUUUUUACCUAGUUCUAUCUCAAAUUUGUCUAAGCUUAUCAUUCUCGAACUCAGUGCAAAUGAACUCACAGGUUCAGUUCCCGACUCUCUAGGAAACUUAAGACUUAUUGAAAUUCUCAACUUGCAAGGCAACUCCUUUACUAGUGAAUCUUCACCACUGAGCUUUAUUACUCCUUUGGCCAAUUGUAAACACUUAAGAGAAUUGAUAUUGUCUCUCAAUCCCCUAAAUGCAAUGCUUCCAAAGUCCAUCGGCAAUCUUUCUUCUCUUCAAAUAUUUGAGGCAGAUGGAUGUAACCUCAGGGGUCAUGUUCCCAUUGAAAUCAGAAAUUUGAGAAAUUUACCUUAUUUGAAGCUGGAAGACAAUGACUUGACUGGCAUUGUACCCAGAACAAUAAGUUCUUUGAAAAAACUUCAACAGUUUUCACUUGGAGCAAACAGAAUAAGUGGUCCUUCCCCAAAUAGUUUGUGUGAGCUAUCCAACUUGGGUUUGUUAAACCUUUCACAAAAUCAAAUUCAGGGAAGUAUUCCUAGUUGCUUGAGGAAUGUGACUUCCCUAAGGGAGGUUUAUCUUUAUUCCAACAACUUCACCGCUGGCAUACCUUCAAGUCUGUGGAACCUUAAAGACAUCUUGAAGAUGAACUUGUCUUUUAAUUUCUUCAAUGGCUCUUUACCACUUGAAGUUGGAAACCUUAAGGCUGCGAUACUUCUGGAUCUUUCCUGGAACCAAAUCUCAGGUAAUAUUCCUAAAACAAUAGGACGUCUACAGAAAUUGAGUCAACUGUCUUUCGCUCAUAACAGGAUUGAAGGAUCUAUUCCUGAGACAUUUGGAGAACUGAUAAAUUUGGAAGCAUUGGAUCUUUCAUAUAAUAAUAUCACUGGUGUUAUUCCAAAGUCAUUAGAGGCACUUAAGCAACUAGACUCCUUUAAUGUCUCAUUCAAUAAAUUACACAGGGAAAUUCCGAAUGGAGGACCUUUUGUUGAUCUCCCUUACCAGUCUUUCGUGUCAAACGAAGGAUUAUGUGCACCACAAAGAUUUUCCUAUUAUGAUCUUCAAAGAGCAACUCAGGACUUUGAUGGAAAUAACUUGCUAGGUAGUGGAAGUUUUGGUUCUCUUUACAAAGGGGCAUUGACAGAUGGGAUGAUUGUAGCUGUUAAAGUUUUCAAUGUGCAGAUGGAAGGUACAUUUCAAACCUUUGAUAAAGAACGUGAAAUUUUGUGGAAUCUUCGUCACAAAAAUCUCACCAAGAUUUUAGCAGCUGUUCAAAUAUUGAAUAUCAUGGCUGAUGUUGCAUCUGCUUUGGAAUAUCUCCAUCAUGGUUACUCGGUACCUGUUGUUCACUGUGAUCUGAAGCCUAGUAACGUCUUACUUGACAAAGACAUGGUGGGACACCUGACUGACUUUGGCAUUGCAAAACUCUUAACAAAAGAAGAAUCCAUUGCUCAAACUACAACCUUUGCCACAAUUGGUUACAUUGCUCCAGAGUAUGGACUGGAAGGCCUUAUAUCCAAGAGGUCUGAUGCUUAUAGUUAUGAUGGUGACUUACUAACACUAGAUGAAGAAAACAUAAGUGACAAGUUGCAAUGUGGGGCAUCAGUUAUGGAGUUAGCCAUGAAUUGCAUAGCUAAAUCUCCUGGUGAAAGGAUGAACAUGACUGAUGUUGUAGCAACAUUGAAAAAGAUCAAAGAUCGGCUUUCUUCCCAUUAUGGAACGACCUAA